AUGAUUAAUAUCGCCCUCAACAAACCAGCAUACCAGCAGUACCAAUUUGACUCAUGGAACAACGUUUUUAACGCUCGUAAUGCCGUAGAUGGACAAAAAUCUAACCUUACUUGGCAAGCUGGUCAAUGUGCAAUAUCAGCAGAUAAUAUACAGACCGCCACCUGGUGGGUGAAUCUGACCAGCAUACACAGCAUCCAUCACAUCACCAUCUACUUCAGAACGGACAAUUUUGAAUGGAAUGCAGCAAAUGACCACACAGGUAGAGUUCUUGGAUUUUCGUUGUAUGUAUCUAAUACAACUGACAGAUUACAUGGAACACUGUGUUACAAGGACGACAACUUUACAAGAGAUACCCUACCUGUUGUCUUCACCACCACCUGUCCUGUACGUGGACAGUACGUAAUCUACUACAACGAGAGACUGCCAGGAAUUACAUAUCCUGACGGGUACUCGAAGUAUGCUUACAAUGACCUCUGUGAAGUUGAGGUUUAUGGAUGCCCCGUGCAGGGAUUCUUUAGAUCAAAUUGUUCAGAUUCCUGUCCAGAUGUUAACUGCCAUAUUUGUCAAAUAGAAACAGGAGUCUGUCAAGGUUGUGGGCCAGGGUUUCAGGGUCAUCGCUGUCAAUUUGAAUGCAGCGACGGUAUGUUUGGAGAGUUGUGCCAAAACAAGUGUGGACAUUGUGCAAAUUUAUCACAGUGUGACAACAUUGACGGGACUUGUCAAAAGGGGUGCCAACCAGGAUACAAAUCGGAAUUCUGCAAUCAGUCUUGUACCGAUAGUAUGUAUGGAAACAAUUGCAAUCAUUCCUGUGGAAGAUGUUUCGAGUCGGAACAAUGUCAUCACAUUACCGGAUAUUGUAUCAAUGGGUGUGAAAGCGGAUACCAGAGUUUAAAAUGCACGGAAGAAUGCGAUGAUAAUUACUUUGGAAUUAACUGUUUACAACAAUGUGACAGUAAAUGUAAUGGCUGCAACAAAACCACAGGAAUAUGUGAUAAAGGAUGCCAACCAGGCUGGGUAGGGGCAUCAUGUCAAAAAGAGUGCGAUCCUGGAUUUUAUGGAGACAAUUGUACCAGUAAGUGCAGUCACUGUUUGAACAGCACGACGUGUGACCACGUGACUGGAGUGUGUUUUGAAGGAUGUAAACCUGGAUACAGAGAACCGACUUGUGACACGGAGUGCAUUCCUGGAUUUUAUGGACACAAUUGUACCAGUAAGUGCAGUCACUGUUUGAACAGCACGACAUGUGACCACGUGACUGGAGUGUGUUUUGGAGGCUGUGAACCUGGAUACAGAGAACCGACCUGUGACACGGAUUGUGAAAAAGGAUCGUAUGGAGUUAGAUGUACUGAAAAAUGCGGACACUGUCUUGGUGGUGACAAGUGUUCUCAUAUUAAUGGGACAUGUUUAACCGGAUGUGAUGCUGGUUAUCACGGAGGCUUGUGUAAAAAACAUUGUGAAAAAGGAUCGUAUGGAGUUAGAUGUACUGAAAAAUGCGGACACUGUCUUGAUGGUGACAAGUGUUCUCAUAUUAAUGGGACAUGUUUAACCGGAUGUGAUGCUGGUUAUCACGGAGGCUUGUGUAAAAAACAUUGUGAAAAAGGAUCGUAUGGAGUUAGAUGUACUGAAAAAUGCGGACACUGUCUUGGUGGUGACAAGUGUUCUCAUAUUAAUGGGACAUGUUUAACCGGAUGUGAUGCUGGUUAUCACGGAGGCUUGUGUAAAAAACAUUGUGAAAAAGGAUCGUAUGGAGUUAGAUGUACUGAAAAAUGCGGACACUGUCUUGAUGGUGACAAGUGUUCUCAUAUUAAUGGGACAUGUUUAACCGGAUGUGAUGCUGGUUAUCACGGAGGCUUGUGUAAAAAACAUUGUGAAAAAGGAUCGUAUGGAGUUAGAUGUACUGAAAAAUGCGGACACUGUCUUGAUGGUGACAAGUGUUCUCAUAUUAAUGGGACAUGUUUAACCGGAUGUGAUGCUGGUUAUCACGGAGGCUUGUGUAAAAAUCUAUCAAAACUUGCGAGUGAUGAGAAAAACUGCUGGAAAGCUGAGUUUAAUGGAAUUGUCAGUGCAUUUUGCAUCUUACUCAUUGUCAAUGCGAUUGUCAUUGCAUACUUUGUAGUGAAACGAAUUAGAAAUUCCAAAGCAGAACUUCCAAUGAUUCUUCAAUCUAUUGAUUCUGUAAAAGCAAGAGAAAGUGAUGUUUUCAAUGUGUAUAUUAACGAAAUCGAUACAACUUACUACCAAACACUUGGAGAAAUCAACAAAGCUGAAACAUAUGAUACUAUUCAGCAUAAUAUGAACUGCAAUUGAUUGCUGUUAAUUAAAAACUUUAGAAACUAGCGACGUUUUCUUGUUCAGGUACGUGUAGUUAGCAAUAAUGUCAUGAAGAGCAACCAGUUAUCAAAUAAAACCACUCUAAUCCUGGACAAACUGGGAACUUUAGGGAACAACCAAUACCUUGAUAAAAGAAAGGGACCCUGGUAAAUUAAAAGCGUUUAAAAUCAAUAAAGAAAACAUCAUUUUUCCGCUGAUACCGGUAUUUGACCGAGAUUCAUACAUUACCAAAAAGCUUUUUUUUUGAUGAAUUUUAAAAUUUGCGUUUAAAACUGCACUUAUAUAGUUUUACAUUUCUGAAAAUUGUACUCAUUGUUUCCUCAAUUUAUAUUGAUAGAUUAAAACUCGACAACUACUUUUGGCUAGGUUUACUUGUUUGUAACAAAGUCCUAUACUUUGAUCUAAAUGUUAAAUGAAUUUAAAGUAUGCUGUGUUUUUAUAGCAUCUUCAAUAAAAUAACAUUAAUCAUAUUUUUUAUACAUGUAAACUAUUCAAAUAAUUGUCAUAAUUAUAAUGCUUGAUUUUAUGAUAUACAUGUAGUGUUUGAUUUAAUGUUAUAGACAAUAAUGGAAUUUAUCCCAAAGGAUAAAUUCAUUGAUACAAGCAACAGCAACCAUAUCCUUAGUCGUGAUCCUAAUAAGGAUAAGGUUAGCUUUAUCUUAACCAUUGGAUUUGGUGUUCGCAAUUGCUAUCGGGUUCGGCAUCCUUUUUCAUCAACUUCCAUGAUGCCGGAUCAUCUGACAAAAUUACAGGCGGAAUUUGCAACAUGGCAAGGUUUCUCAGGUCUUUGAUGUAGGCAACUGUUCCCAGGGCCUGCUCAAAGCUUGAGAAUAAGUGGUCAACUGUCCCCAGGGUCUACCUAGCCUAGCCAUUUACCCGCUUUAAGCAAAGCGCUAUUUAUCUACUCUACUGUUUGAUCCAUUGAUUAUCUGUUGACUCAAUUCAUCAAUUGACAAUGAUAUUGAUUGAUAGAUUGAUUGAUUAUGGGUUGAUUUAUUCAAUAAUUCUACAUGUAUUGCUAAUGUAAUUGAUUUAUAUUGAUUGAUCAACAAUUUGAUAGAUUGAUUUAUGGAAAAAUUGAUUGAACAAUCCUAUUGCUGAUGUGAUUGAUUUAUAUUUAGUGAUUGAACAAAUGAUUGUUGAUGAUUGAUUGAUUGAUUUAUUGUGCAGCCAUAUACCUGCUCACCAAUUGGGUGGCAGGUCGGUUGCUAAAAUGCAUGUUCAAUUUCAAUAAAUAAGCCAUGACCAAAA